AUGGCAACCUCUCUUAUCUCCAAGAGGCUGCGCUCUACGGAGGACACUCAGGACAAAGAACCGAGUUGGAUUCGCCGCCAGGUCACUUCUGGACUGCAGUGCAUCUCGCGUCGGGCGUGUGUACACCCCAUCCAUACCAUUGUGGUUAUUGCCUUGCUCGCCAGCACCACCUACGUGGGUCUCCUGGAAGGCAGUCUUCUAGAUGCUACCAAGAACCCUCGCAACGUCGCUGGACAGGUUGACGUAGAUGCUCUGCUCCAAGGGAGUCGAAGCCUGCGAUUAGGCGAGUCCACUUCAUGGAAGUGGCAAGCGGAGGACACUUGGGUUGACUCGGCCGAGGUCGAGAAGCCUGCCGUGAACCACCUGGCCUUGACUACUUUCAUCUUCCCCGAUUCCUCCUCCAAGUCUGCCUUCACUGCUCCGUCCGCCGAUGGUGUCCCGAUCCCUUCUAAUGUCUCUGCCUACUCCGUCCCAUACACUCCCAAUCUCUUCUCGCCUUUCUCCCAUGAUUCCGCUCUUGCAUACACCGCGCCCUUUGGCCAGAUCUCGGACCUCCUGAGGGCCGCUCAGGAGAUCCCGAACCCGUCUGGAGAUGCGGAAGCCACAGAGCCUAAGAAAUGGAUCAUGCGUGCUGCUCGUGGUGCCUCAAGCUCUCAUGCCGCUCUUAUGAUGUGGUUGACGGAUGCUUGGAGCUCUUUUGUGGACUUAAUCAAACACGCUGAGACCAUUGACAUUGUUAUCAUGACCCUCGGAUAUAUUUCGAUGCACCUGAGCUUUGUGUCCCUUUUCUUCUCUAUGAGACGCUUGGGCUCAAACUUCUGGCUGGGCGCGACAGUGCUGUUUUCCGGAUCUUUCGCUUUCCUUUUUGGUCUCUUGGUGACCACCAAGCUGGGAGUACCAAUCAAUCUUCUCCUUCUCUCUGAGGGCCUUCCCUUCCUGGUUGUUACCAUUGGAUUCGAGAAGCCAAUUAUGUUCACCCGGGCCGUUCUGAACGCAUCAGUGGACAGCCGUCGCCCCCGUCCCGGUGCCGCUCCCCGGCCGCUGGCUUCCAGCACCCCUGGUUCUAUUCAAGACUCUAUUGCUACUGCCAUCAAACAGCAGGGCUUUGAGAUUGUUCAGCACUACUGCAUCGAGAUUGGUCUUUUGGCUAUGGGAGCUGCCUCUGGUGUUAAGGGUGGUCUUCAGCAGUUCUGCUUCCUCGCAGCCUGGAUCCUGUUCUUCGACGCUGUUCUCCUCUUUACCUUCUACACGACGAUUCUCUGCAUCAAGCUUGAGAUCACCCGCAUUCGCCGACAUGUUGCUUUGCGCAAGGCUCUGGAAGAGGACGGUAUUAGCAACAGCGUUGCUGAGAACGUUGCAUCGAGUAUCGAUUGGCCCACCGCAGGCUCCGAAGAUGGUGACACUAGCAUCUUUGGCCGUAAAAUCAAGUCCAGUGCCGUUCGUCGUUUCAAGAUCUUCAUGGUUGGUGGCCUUGUCCUAAUCAAUGUUGUGAAUUUCUCUGCUAUCCCUUUCCGAAACACUGGAAACGGCGCUCUUAUCUCCCGUCUAUCUAACUUCAUGGCCCCAACUCCUAUCGACCCCUUCAAGGUGGCCGAGAACGGCUUGGAUGCAGUUUAUGUUACUGCCAAGAGCCAGAAGCAAGAGACUUUGGUUACUAUCAUCCCACCAAUCAAGUACAAGCUGGAGUACCCCUCUGUUUAUUACGCGGGUGCUGAAGUUCCUGGUUUUGACAUUGAGUACACUGAUCAGUUCCUUGAUGCUGUGGGCGGAAAGGUUCUUGAGAGUCUGCUCAAGAGUGUGGAAGACCCCUUCAUUAGCAAGUGGAUUAUUGCGGCUUUGACACUUAGUAUCAUUCUCAAUGGUUAUCUCUUUAAUGCCGCUCGAUGGAGCAUUAAGGAGCCCGAGCCUGCCCCCGCUGCUCCCAAGGAACCUGUUGCACCCAAGGUGUACCCCAAGUUCGAGCCUAAUGAGACAGAUACCACUCGUUCCUCCGAGGAAUGUGAACUGAUGUUGAAGGAGAAGCGCGCUCCCCUACUCACUGAUGAGGAACUUGUCACCCUGUCCCUUCGCGGUAAGCUUCCUGGAUAUGCUCUGGAGAAGACUAUGGAGGACGAGAACUUGAUGAGCCGUGUGGACGCUUUCACCCGUGCUGUCAAGAUCCGCCGAGCUGUUGUCUCUCGUACCCCGGCUACCUCUGUUAUUACCAACUCUCUGGAGCACUCCAAGCUUCCUUAUGAAGACUUCAACUAUGGUUUGGUUCACGGCGCUUGCUGUGAAAACGUCAUUGGUUACCUGCCCCUUCCUCUUGGUGUUGCUGGUCCGAUCAAGAUUGAUGGCCAGAAUUACUUCAUCCCCAUGGCCACCACUGAAGGUGUGUUGGUCGCUAGUACCAGCCGUGGCUCCAAGGCUAUCAAUGCCGGUGGUGGCGCUGUCACCGUUUUGACUGGCGAUGGUAUGACUCGUGGCCCCUGUGUCAGCUUCCCAACAUUGGCUCGGGCUGCCGCUGCCAAGGUCUGGAUUGACUCCGAAGAGGGUCGCAACAUCAUCUUCUCUGCCUUCAACUCGACUAGUCGUUUCGCCCGUCUUCAGAGCCUGAAGACUGCUCUUGCUGGUACCUACCUCUACGUCCGCUUCAAGACUACCACUGGUGAUGCCAUGGGUAUGAACAUGAUUUCCAAGGGCUGUGAAAAGGCACUCGACGUCAUGUCCAAGGAGUGCGGCUUCGACGACAUGGCCAUCAUCUCUCUGUCCGGUAACUACUGUACUGACAAGAAGGCUGCUGCCAUCAACUGGACUGAUGGCCGUGGUAAGUCGGUUGUCGCCGAGGCUAUCAUCCCCGGUGAUGUUGUCAAGAGUGUGCUUAAGAGUGACGUCGCUGCUCUUGUUGAAUUGAACAUCAGCAAGAACUUGAUUGGAAGUGCUAUGGCCGGUGCUUUGGGUGGUUUCAACGCUCACGCCUCAAACAUUGUGGCUGCUAUCUUCCUGGCUACAGGUCAAGAUCCCGCUCAGGUCGUUGAGAGCAGUAACUGUAUCACCACGAUGAAGAAUGUCAAUGGUGACCUUCAGAUUGCCGUUUCGAUGCCCUCCAUUGAGGUGGGUACCAUCGGUGGCGGUACUAUCCUGGAGGGUCAAGGUGCGAUGUUAGACCUGCUUGGUGUUCGGGGAUCCCACCCCACCACCCCCGGUGAGAAUGCCCGCCAAUUGGCUCGCAUCAUCGCUGCCUCCGUUCUCGCGGGUGAGCUCAGUCUAUGUGCCGCGCUUGCCGCUGGACACCUGGUUAAAGCCCACAUGGCGCACAACCGUAGUGCUGCCCCAACUCGCUCAUCAACCCCGGUAUCUGCCGCCGUGGGAGCUACCCGUGGUCUUUCUAUGACCUCGAAAUAA